UAUAAAAGACCAUCACCAACGCGCGGCACUCUGUGGGCUCGGUCGCUGUGCCACGAUGCACUCAUCUAAGCCGUUCGCCUUCGCUGCGCAGGUGUCUGCCCGUCUAAUCAUCCGGAUACUCAUCCUGGCCCUGGUUCCCGCCGCUUCUGAUGCCACGGCCCUCAGCGAACCACUUCGCUGCGAGUGGCCCGCCAGCCCUUGUCUGCUGUCUGCUACUACAGAUAGCCCGGCAGCGCCACCGCUGCCGUGCCUCAACUGCCCCUGGAUUCACGCACCGUCAUCGACAACAACCGAGGAGCCAUCUAUAAAAGACCAUCACCAACGCGCGGCACUCUGUGGGCUCGGUCGCUGUGCCACGAUGCACUCAUCUAAGCCGUUCGCCUUCGCUGCGCAGGUCAGUAAUCAGUAUUGUCUUUUCACAAAAAAAUCAAGUAACUACUGUCUCCUGCAGCUACCGAGCCCACAGUGCUGCCUUUCGAUUGUUGUUGAAUGUUAUGAUGUAGUACGUACCUUGUUGCUGUUGGCUGGUGAUAUCGAGUCAAACCCAGGUCCCGACACUGUACUCGCAGAACUAAAGAAGCUGUCUACUGGUCAGUCACAACUACUCGCCGAGGUUCAAGGCCUUAGAAACCAACUAACAACUACUGAACAGGCUAUAUCUGACCUCAGUAAGAGAUUAUCCAACCUAGAAACUCGCUAUCAAGACCUGGUAACACUACGCACCGACAUGGAUGCGAUCUGCACUAACACCACCCAAACAGCCAAAGAUAUCAAAGGAAUAGAAGCCCGCCUGGAUGACGCCGAAAAUCGCUCGCGACGAAACAAUUUAAUUUUCUAUAAUAUCACAGAUAACAAUGCAUCGGAAAACUACGCCCAAUCUGAAGAAACUGUCCUGCGCCUCUGCCGUGAUCACUUAGGUCUAACCAUUGACCCAAAAGAAAUUGAACGGGCUCACCGUCUUGGGCGCCAUUCUUCUGGGCGCUGUCGCCCAAUUAUAGUCAAACUGACAUUUUUUAAAACCAAACAGCUAAUUCUUUCAAAUGGCCGUAAGUUAAAAGGGACUGAUUACAGCGUCGGGGAGGAUUUUUCACGCCCUGUCCGAGAUGCGCGAAAGCAUCUAGUUAGAUUUGCCAAAACUAAAAACACAAAAUUUUCCUUGCGCUACAAAACAUUAUUCAUCGGUCCGAAACAGUACGCAUUCGACGAAUCAUCGCAGACAGUAAAAGAAAUCUCAUAGCAUACGGUUCAUCGUCGUGUAACUAAACUUCCUGGUAGCA